AUGAAAGGCGCUCUUCACCGAGUGAAUUCUACAAUAGAAGACCUCAGAUUUGAUUCUGCUAGAGGUAUCAUUGAAUGGGCAGAGCCUAAAGGCUCCUUGAACCCGUACGAGAUAACAGUCGUGUCCAAUUCUUUGUCGGGUGAAAGCAGUAUUUCGUGGAAUGUUAGCGUUGAACCUUCCUACAUCGCCGAAGUAAACUCGGUCUCAAAAAUCGACGAAAGAAGUGAAAUGAGAAUUGUUGGACGAGUACGAGGAAUAGCGGAAAAUCUCUCUGUCCCUGUGAAAAUUUGGAUCAAAGAGAAGGAUGAAGAAAAGCCUACGGAAAUAGUUAUACGCUCAAAUGGAACGAGAUUCACUUACGACUACAUACCCCAAACAUCUGGCGAAUUUACCGUUGUCGCAUCACAUCCUGGACUCUUUCCAACCUCUGGUGGCGUGGGAUUCACAAUUCCACCUCUGGAAUUGGCUGUUGACGAAAGUGAAAAAGGUCCAAUUGUACAUAACGCAGAACAUUGCGAUGCGACUAUGCUCCGCCCAAAGAACGGGACAGUCCGCAUUGAGCAAUCCGGAAGCGAUAUCAGGAUGAUUGAGGAUGUUGAAGAUUGGCACGAUGAGACAGUAUCAUUAUUGCGAUGUGACGGGAAACGCGAAUUGUGGAGGUACGUAAUUGCAGAAUUUAGCCUAUAUCCUUUGCUUCUCAUAAUACAACAGCUAAAAUAUCCACAAUGGCAGCCACUACUCAUUUCUGGAACUCCUUCUAUGUAUCUUGUCAUCUAUACUGUAUUUCGACAUCUACAGUACUCCUACCGUAGUUACACCGUUUCCGCCAAGAUAUUCAUUAUUUAGAG